GUUGUUGGCGAACGCGUGCCUCGCGCACCGACUUUCGAACCUUCGGAACAACACGGUAACGAAACGCUGGAUCCGCUCGGUCGCGGGACUAUCGCCGACUUUCUACGUUACGUUAACGCGACUACCGAGCAAUCAAAUCGAUCGGGUUGCACUUUCUUAACGCAGAACUGCCAGAUAGGUUGAAUCAUUUAUUCCUGAUUGCGUUUUAUGAUUAUUGAAGAUACGGAUACUUCUGUGAAAAUGAUUAACGGAAGUGAUAUAGUAAUGGUAAUAUUGAAGUGCAGGUCAGUUCUCAAGGAACGCUUAUUUCUAUCGAGACAGUAAAGGUUUAAGUCGGUUCUAGCGUUAAGUGUAACGGUUCAUUCGAGCUUCCGUUGAAUAUAGAUUCAGGAAUAUAGAUUCAACUCUAUGGAAAAACGCUUAAGAUUUCCGUGGCGCUCAACGUGUUCACCGGCGACAAUAUCCGUCGUGGACAGUUCACUGACUCGGUUCACAGUGUGUAACGUCUCUUUGCGCCAUCGAUGGCACGAUCCUCGCGCGAAGAAUUCGAUUAACGACUCGAUUCCUGAUCUGGGACACGACGCCUCGUGUGUUCCUUUCCAAGAUUCGUCGGUGUAACGUUACUUGUAACAGUUGAUUAACCCUUUGACUGCGGACAGCGUCUUUAAGCGCCAAUGCAAUUAAUUUUUCAUGUAACAGUUUAAGAGUGCUGACACGCUCGCUAGCAGCGUUCAUUUCGGCGACGGUCUCCUUAAUUAUUUUCUCCUCAAUUAUUUUCUUCAAUCCAAUAAAUCUAAACAAAAUAGAAAAAUGAAACUGAAACGAGUCACUAAGUUCCUGCAUGUAAUGUAGUUUAUCAUUUCUAAUAAUAUCCAUAAUUUCAUUUUCAUUGCGUAAAAUAUAGGAUUACUAUAUUAAUGGAUUAAUAUCUAUAAUUUCAUUUUCAUUAUGUAAAAUAUAGGAUUAGCCGUUACAAGUAUGUAACGCUGAUAGUGAACGUGUUAACACGCUUUCCUCUGGCAUCAUACUCUUCCUGCUCAGAAUUGUUUCUAUAAAAAUGUAAUGCCCAUAAAUUCUGCUUUCAUUAAUGAUAGAUACAAAAUUGUUUCCUUUUUAACGCAUCGCAGUCAAAGGGUUAAUUAAAGGGACUCUACCUCGCAUUAAGUCUUGGUUAGGUUCCUCUACCGUCCUACCGGAAGUAGUAUUAUAUCGUCCUGUACUCCUAAAAAAUAUAUCGGUUUCGCUUUAGUUCAGAAUUAUUAAAUCGACAAUUUAUAGCAUUAUAUAAUUAUCAGAUUAUAUAAUAAAAAUACUGUAGCGUAAUAUUAUAUAAUAACCGUUUGACUAAUGGAUCAUGGAUCGUGUAUACAACCGCGUGACACGAUUUUUCUGUGGACCUGCAACGAAUCGUGAAAAAUAGAUACAGUCGACAACAUUGAUUUGUAUUCAAAUUACAAAUUCCUAUUCGAACGUUUAAAAACCGCCGCUUUUGUGUCUGCCCUGGGUGACAAAUCGAACCAUUCGUUUCCGAUCGGCCAAUCAAUGGAAUCGUUGCGUCGAAAUUCGUUACGGUGACCGCAUGGACAAAUAUGCUUUUAAAUGCGUGGAAUUUGACCUUGUUAUUCGAUAACGCGCGACCACUUGCUGCAAGGAUGCCAGACAGUGAAAAUAAAACGAUUUACAACACGAAUUCGCCCGAUAAGCUUCCCUCCAUUAAUCGAACGACUCGUUCCCUCUAACUCCGUCGUUCGGAUAUUCGAAAACCGUCGAAAUCACGCGCCAUAUUUUCUUCCUUUUCUAGAGAAUAAUCUAUGUUACCUUCGACGAAAUAUUUCGUAUCUUCCCCCGACGUUAAUUGCAAAUUAUCAUAAAUAAUGCAACAAUAAGGCUUUCGCAUCACUCAACGGUCAACGAAUAAUCGAACUCGCGAUCGAAACACGUGGAACGCGAUAUAUCGUUCGCGCGAUUUACAUCCGAGAUUAGUGAACUGUCGUUGAAUAUCGUCGCAUUCGAAAUUCAAAUGUAGUCGGAACAUUCAUAACCGUAGAAAGUGUUUUAUAAAAUUAAUUCGAAAAAUACCUUAUACCGAGCAACGAUCCAGCCUCGUCGAAUUUACCCGCGAAAAUUCAAAUCGCACCAUGGGGUAGGGUCACACUUUUUGGAGGGAAGAUCGACGACGAACGUUCACUUCCGGUUUCGUUACGAAGUUAGACGGUCUUACACGUAACACGCGAAAAAAGAAUACGAGAACGGAACGAGUUUCAGUUUCAUCGGGCAACCGACGCGAUCACCGCAAAGGUCGAACCAUAACUGCACCCGAGGAACCAAGGAGAACACGUGGUACGCCGGGGCAAAACAACGUCCAUGGAUAUGUUGAAAUACACUUCACACGCUACGCGCGAUUUUACAUGUGUUUUACCGUUCUACACGUUAACGCACUAUUGCGAAUUUAAAAAAAAAUUGUAGAUCUGCAAUUCAGAAUUCACUUAAAAUUUAUUUACCUCAGUCGAAUAUUGAGGUUUAGAUACAUAAACAUAUACAAACUUAGUCUUGUAGAAUUAAUAACAUUUUUCGAUAUUUAUUAUUGAAAAAUGUUCAACAUGUGGUGUUUGUAUACGUCGUGUAACAUGGCGCGUUAAUGCCAAAACACGUGCUGACAGAACGAAUAGCCGUUUGUCGCGUGAGAAUAAAUAAUAAUUACUAUUCAGAAAUAACAGUGCUUUAUUAUUGUGGAAGGAAACAAUUUGUGUAACGGUUGUUGAAACUACAAAAAAAUGGCGAAGAAACUUAAAAUUAGUGCAAUUAAAAGAAGCAAUCAGAAAAGGACCAAACUUAUGAAACAAGGGAAACUUAGAACAAGGCGGCAUAGAGCUAAGAAACAAGUUCAGAAAGUAGUGCAAUCGCAUCCAGAAUCAGUUGAAGAAGAAGAAAGUGAUCAUGGGGAAGAUCUAUUGAAUAUGGUCGAAGAAGAUGAUUUACAGUUUCUGGAGAAAGCUAUUUCUAAUAAAUCCUAUAAUUUAUUGAAACAUAUACAUUUAGAUGAAACAGACAGUAGUAAAGAUAAAAAAAGAAAAAGUAAGGGAACAGUAGAGGAACUAUAUGAAAAUAAUGUUUCAAAAAUAAUUGAAGAAAAAGGCAACAAGAAGGUUCGUCUGUUACUUCCUACAAAAACUCAAAAUGGGAUGAUAGAGAAAAGAGUAAUGGAAGUUAAUGAUGAAGACAAUGAAAGUGGGUUUGGUGAAGAAGAAAAUGAAAAUGAAAAUGAAAAGGAAAAUGGUCAUGGACAUGAAAGUGAAAAUGAAGAUGAAGAUGAAGAUGAAAAUGAAAAUAAACAGCCAGUGUCUAUGAUUGAACUUUUAGCAUGCCGUAAAGAAGCACUAACAUCAAAACGUUUGAAGAUUGGUUUACUUGCUAGCAGUCUUUUAGAAACACCAGAAAACAAGUCUGAUAAUUUUAAACUAUUGUUAGAGUUUAUGGAAGAAAGUGAUCCAGAAGUAUAUAUUUCUGUUAGGAAAUUAGCUACAGUCUCUUUGUUAGAAGUUUUUAAGGACAUAUUGCCAUCUUAUCACAUACUGCAAAUUCAACAAGAAGGCAUAAAAUUGAAGAAAGAUACAUUAGCACUACAAAAGUAUGAAGCUACUUUAUUAAGAUAUUAUAAACAUUAUUUACAAAAGUUGGAAAAGAUGUCUGGAGUACUGAGAAAAAAGAAGGGAGAUACACGGAUAAUAAAAGAACAGGAAUUGGAAUUAGGAAAACUUGGAAUAACAUGUAUGUGUGAUCUCUUAACAACUCAUCCUUACUUUAAUUAUUCUGUUAAUGUAGCAAACUUUUUAAUACCAUUCCUUGAUAAUAAACAUGAAUAUGUAAGACAAGAAGUGGCCAAAUGCAUUUCCCAAAUAUUCAAAGAAGAUAAACGAGCUGAAUUAUCCCUUACAAUAGUACGUAGACUGAAUCAGUAUGUAAAAGCAAAAGCUCAUUCUGUUCAUUCUGAAGUUAUGUCUGUACUUUUAUGUCUUCGUAUAAAAGAUAUAAAUUUGGAUAAAGAGAAAGAAGAGGAAAGCAAACAAAAGAAACUCAUGUCUCACAAGCAAAGAAUUUUGGCUUUAAGUAAACGAGAAAGAAAGAAGAAUAAAAAACUCGAGCAAGUAGAAAAAGAAUUACUUGAAACCAAAGCAGAAGAGAACAAACAAUCUAAACAGAAGCUUCUCACUGAAAUCACCAGCAUAGUGUUCACUAUGUACUUUAGAAUUUUGAAACAAGCUCCAAAUAGCAAAAUUUUAUCUGUCUGUUUGGAAGGCCUUGCAAAGUUUGCACAUUGCAUAAAUUUAGACUUUUAUCAGGAUUUGGUAACUGCCAUAGAUAAGUUGAUGGAUGAAGGAAAUUUGAGACUAAGAGAUCAAUUGCAUUGCAUUCAAUGUGUAUUCACGAUAUUAUCAGGUCAAGGGUUAUCAUUAAACAUUGAUCCUUACAGGUUUUAUGUGCAUCUAUAUAAAAAUUUAAUAAGUAUCCACUGUGGCAAGACUCACCCAGAGUCCGAGAUUCUCAUUAAAAUUUUAGUACAAGUUCUAAUUCACAGAAGAAAAAGAAUUACGCCAAAUCGUUUGAUAGCAUUUCUCAAAAGAAUGGCUGUUAUGACUUUACAAUCUCAGCAUAAUACAGCACUCAGUAUUCUCGGUGUAGUGAAACAAAGUAUGCAACUUGGAAAAACAGCAAACGUUUUACUGGAUACAGAUUGCAGUACCGGAGAUGGCUUCUAUCAGCCAGAAUUAGAAGAACCUGAAUGUUGUAAUGCGCAUUGUACCGCAUUAUGGGAACUUGCAGCUUUGCAACGGCAUUAUCAUAGUGCUGUACAAAAAAUAGCAAAAAACAUAGCUUGGAGUGUACCACCAACCGGAGAAGGUAGUUUGCCCGUUGAAAUUGCAAAAUUAACACCGGAAGAACUGUACAGCGAAUAUGAUCCUACUGGUGUCGUAUUCAAACCAGCUGUACCAGCUCCCAAAAAGACAACUACCAAGAAGAUAAUAACGCAUCACUUCGUUAAUAACAAAUUCAGGGAUUAUGUUAAUAGUAUAAAUAACAUCGAAUUAUUUGCAGAUGGAUACGUAGAUUUUUAUAAUGAGUAUAGCAGUUAACAUUACAUGUAACGCAAAUUACAAGAAAGAAAUGAGUAGUGUAUUCAUUUAAACUUCACAUACUUUGUUGUAAAUAAUUAUUACAGUCCUCGAUGCCUUGUACACAAUCUACUCCAAAGUAAAUAAAUUAAAGAGCAUAAUUUUAUCACAACUAGAAAAUUUGUCAAUGAAACGAGUGUGCAACAAUAAUUACGUUUCGCAUAUUCAUAAAUCAUUGCCAUGUAUUUACAAUGUACAUAUUUUUUCUUAUCACAAUCAGUAGAAUACGAGAUUGAAUUAAGAUAAUUGAACACAUGUUGAAUGAUACUUCCUUACUCGCCUUCUAAAACUUCAGCAACUUAAUAAGAUAAGUUUGUAAUAAAUAACUUGUACUCAACUAAAAGCUUUAAUUCUUAUUCGAAGAUUAUCAGUCUACAUAUAUUCAUUUUAAAUUUCAUUCGAAGAAAAAAGAACGAAAAUCGCUUGCAACUUUCUGUGAAGUGUAUACUAUAAAAAAAUGUAGUAUCUCAAUAUUGACAUAACAAAAUAUUCCGUAUGAUAUUUCUUUGCAAAGAUAACUAAUUACUGACUAAUAAUUUUGUUUCUGUGAAAUGCAUUCUAUAUAGUAUCUGUGAAAACUCACAGAACAGAUCUAUACAUGUCACUCCUUUUGUACAAAGUAGCAUUGCAUUUUCAUUACUCUUACACUAUAAUGAGGAACAAUAUAUAAUUAAUUACUAUUAAAGCUGUUUAACCAGUGUCAUUUACAUAAUCAUCCUAUUCCCUUAUAUGGGAUUAGGCAUUUUACAUUUUGAUAAUCCAUCAACAAUUUUAGUGUUCUCUGAAUAAGUCUCUUCAUCUAUCUUUGUUUCACACGAAGUUUGUUUUACAUUAUCAUAUUUUGUUGGUGAUGAUAAGUCAAUUUUCUGUACAGGUAUAUAUUUACGUUCUAUGAUAUUCAUUUUUAUUGCAUCCUCUAUUUCUAAUGUUUCAUCUAUAAACUUCUCUUCGCUUCUGAUUAAUUUCUUUGAUGUGAUUUGUGCAGUUUUAUCAAGGCUCAAAAGUUUAGGUGCAUUAAUCUUGUCAAUUGUCUUUGUAACAAUUACCUGUUCAUUUUUAUCAUUUUGAUGAGGUGGCUGUGAAUUUCUUUUAGCAAGUAUUAUUUUAGUGUAUUUGAUAGUGGGUUGGUUUGUACGUGUCUGUAUGGGGAUUGUAGUUUUAGUUUUAGAUAUUGUAGGAUUUUGAGGUCGCGUUUGUAAUAUAACGUGAUUUAGAUUUUGAACACCUACAUUAGGACAUAUAAUAGUCUGAGUGGAGGGUGCAAGAAAUUUGUUAGUUGCCUGUUGCAGUUUAUCUUGCUUGUUACUUAUGAGAACGACUUUAGUAUUACUGUUUAAUUUGGAUGUACCUUUCUCAUGGACAUCUAUGGGUACAGAUGCUUGCGACAAAGACGAAUUUUUUUCAAUGGAAUUUAAAUUGUCAUCAUCUUUCGCAAAUAUGAUUGGUAUGUCCAAUAUAUUACCUAAAUCGUCAUCGAUAUCAUUUGAGAGGCAAUUCUUUUGUAUAGCCUGAGGUUUCGCUUUGUGAAUUCUUUGUAAAUUGGAUGUGUUCACUGUGAUUUUUGGCAUUGUUUUUGUAGAUCGUUGUGUAGCUUUUAAUUUGUUAGAUAGUGGCAAAAUAGUUCCUGAACU